AUGGAGUCCACCGAGAAAUGUGACGUGGUGAUUCAACAUUUCAACGGAAAGUUCCUCAAAACCCCACCAGGAGUGCCAGCCCCGACGGAACCGCUGCUGUGCAAGUUUGCAGAUGGAGGACAGAAGAAGAGGCAGAGUCAGAGCAAGUACCCUCAAAAUGGCCGACCGUGGCCUCGGGAAGGAGAGAGUGGCAUGGCGCUGACCUAUGAUCCCACUGCAAUGCAGAACGGGUACUACUCCUCACCAUACAGCAUCUCCACAAACCGCAUGAUCGCUCAAACGUCAAUCACUCCAUUCAUCGCAGCCUCUCCUGUCUCCACAUAUCAGGUCCAGAGUACGUCGUGGAUGCCUCACCAACAGUAUGUUAUGCAACCUACGGGUGCUGUGAUAACGCCAGCCAUGGACCACACCAUCUCCAUGCAGCCCGCUAACAUGAUGGGACCCCUCACCCAGCAGAUGAACCACCUGUCCAUGGGUACCACUGGCACUUACAUGACUGCGGCUGCUGCUCCUAUGCAGGGGACCUACAUUCCCCAGUACACUGCGGUGCCUGCCUCAGCUGUCUCAGUGGAGGGAGUGGUGACGGAGGCUUCUCCACAGAGCGUUCCGCCCUCGUCACAGGAUGCCAGCGGUCAGCAACAGCCUCUGGGCAUGGACAACACCAGCGAUCACGCGCCCACCUACACUUUUCAGCCCGCUAAAUAACCAGAGGAGGAGGGGGCGUUAAGGUGACUGCGUUGCCUUGAGACUGGGGGACUGCAACGAGGGAACAUUGAAGACAGAGCGCAAGAAACAGGGAAACACGUUUGUGUCUACUUUUGCACAAGCAUCUAAAAUAAAAACAUCUACAACAAACAAACAAUUUAUUUAACACCUGGCCCACACCGGAGGACCUUUGGAGAACUCGCACCCAGACCGGAAACGUGAGAAAUGCAGUCUGGGAGAUCGAGCCUACUGUUAAUCGGCUAUCCGAAAAACCUUACCUUCACGAAGUGAACGAAAUCAAACAAGUACAAGUUUUCCUAUUCUUUUUUUGAAUGUGCAGGUAGGUUUUCAGAAACAGUGGGUUUUUCUAUUAGAUGAGGAAGCACGUUCUUGUAAAUCAAUGAGAGAUGGAGUGAAAGAAGUCUUCCUCGGAUUCUAAGCUACUAUUACUUUUCUUUUUUUAUGAGUUAGAUUUUAGUUUUCUAGAGAAUAUCAAUGUUUUUUCAUCUUUGCUGCCUUAAUUUCAAGAAACAUCUAAGACUUUUUCCUGUUUGAACUGAACAGACUGAUGAAUGCAGUGAAAAUGACCUGAUAAAGAAAGGAAAUUACCUGUAUAAAGCAUAGAAAGAGAGAGGUCUCCUUGAGACGUUUUAAAUUAUCAGUGGUGACUUUGUGCUUAAUAGAGAGGACAGACAAAAAAAAAUAUUGUGGUCAUGAUGAUGAGGAUGGUUAAAGAGAGUUGCAUUUUUUAGGAACAGAGGAAAAAAAUGUUAAUCCACUGCAUCAUGGGAAAUGCAGUUUAUUGUGUAGUGCAGAUCAUUUUUAAUGGCAUUAUUGUUUUUAUCUGCUAUAUUUUUUAUGAGCUUUAAGGAUGUUUUUAGCCUGCUUUGCUUGUUUCAUUGCGGAAAAAAAGAAAACUAAAACAGUCAAAAAAAUGGCAGUGCAAAUCUAAAUAGAUAAGAGCUUAUGGAUUAAAUCAAAACGAAAAAAAAGCAAAUGUGUGCAAAAAGCAAUAGUAAUAGGAAAUUGUUGACAAUUUCUUUAGUCUUUCUUAGCUGUGGAUCAAAUGCAGCCCGUGGAUGGCAUAUUUUAUACCAAAGAUGAAGAAACCCCCCUCAAGACAGUGGAGUGGAUCAAUUAUUUUGUUUAUUUUUUCUAUUUGAGAUUUUUUUUUUGGCGUAAUCAUUUGGUUUCAGAAGUAUCCAUUUGACCUUGAUGGCUAAACUGGUACUUUAGGGUUUAAACUUCCUUCCACUGUUGCAGAAUCUAUGUCAAUCGUUCAGUUGAAAGGCAGAAAACCACCAUCACUGAUUCUCAUGAGUGUGAUCUCCCCAGCAGAGGGUGUCAGAGAGCGGGGGAACCAUCAAUCAUCUCCCGUCUGCCCGGCUGAAUGAGCUAUACCUCUAUCGCUGCACCUUCUCAGUCGCCGACCGACGGUCGGUCGCUAUUAAACACGUCGCACAUCAGUUCAGUUCGAGCUUUCACACACAGAAGGCCAUUUACAUAAUUUCAGCUCAACAGGAAGGAAUCAAAUCACUCACUAGUGUGUAUUUAAACUCUGUGUACAGAUCACUACCUCAUCGAAAUAAAUUUUACCAUGAGGAAACACAGGAGAAUGUGUUGCAGGUCAUGAAACACAAGCUUUGCUUCAGGGGCACUGAGAAACGUUUGCAAUUAACAGCAUUAGCAUUUUGUUCUGAGCACUCCCACUCCCUAUUUGCAGUCGCAUCGAUCGAAAUGCCUCAUAUUAUAUGCAAGGUUUCCUUAAUCAACCAGAUGCCAUAGGAAAUCUCUCAUGAAAAUGGCAGUCUUUACUUGAAAAACAAAGGCUCUGUCCCAAAGCCCUUGCUGGUCGAGGCCACAUUUUGGUGGCAUAAUUCUAGUUAGUAAUCCAUAGUGACCCUAAAAUCACAAUCGCGACACAUUAUGGUCACAUGGGUGCACAAUGACCAUUGCAAGACGGCGGAUACACAUCAACUACGCCAUUUGGGACAGAGCCUAAGGUUCCCAUUCUUAUGGGAUUCGAUGGUUGCUCAGGUGCCUUGACAGCUCGGAAUUAAGGUUAGAAAUAUCACGUGUGACAUUUCAACCUUCCAUAUCUGAAAUGUGCUUUCUUUUUAUCAGGCUGCCCAUUCCAGAGGGGGGAAACUAGCAAACAGAAGAGCAGACAGAGGGAACAUUUCAUAAAUUAAAGGGAUAGUCCAUCCAAAAAUAAAAAUUCUGUCAAAAUGAAGAACAAUGUUAACCAAACAUUUUCGGUUCCCAUUGACUUGCACUGUAUGGACAAAAGAUACAAUAACAGUCAAUGGGACCUGAAACUGUUUGGUUGCCAACAUUCUUUAAAAUGUUCUCUUUAUAUUGCGUAGAAGAAAGUAAGCCAUGUUUGGAACAACAUGAGUAAAUUUUCAUUUUUGGACAGACUAUCGCUUUAAUAUGCAAACAAGGCUGCUGUCCUUUAUUUACCAUGAAGUAGAUGUUAUUUUAAUGCAAUCAGAUAGGAAAGUGCUAUAUUAAUACGUUAGCAAAGAGUUUCAAUACACAUGGUGAAUUAUGGACUGUCUUUGCUGCCUUCAUGGUCAUACGGCUCAUAAAUACGCCUCCUAGUUUUACAGUCGGGUAAUUCGAGUUGUCGAGGUGCUCUGGGAAUAAAUUCAUCUGUCAUUUAAAGACAGGCGAGAGACAUCAAGAUCAAUUUAUUCCUUUUGAACGUCAUCAUGGACACUUGGGUCUUUUUUCCUGUUUUCCUACAACAUGACCUCUAUACAGCUACGUAAUGAUCUCCAUUAGCCACUAGGGGACAGUAUUAAAGCAAAGUUGGUGUACUUUAUCCUCUGGUGAUGACCAUUGCAGUGAGAUAUGAGACAAGUUCACACUGUGGAUUAAAGCGAUGCCAAGUUCAUAAUGACCAAGACAACACUGCUUCAAUAAGGACAAGCUAGCUUUUCAAAAAAGUCACUGUUUUGUGUCUGUUAUCCACUGUCUUUUUGGAGAGUUAUUUUUAUCAUGUGCUCGCUGCUAUCAAGCAUUCAGUAUUUAAGUGGUCAGGGCCUUGGGAAUGGAGAGAAAAUUUGGGCUGGUAUCUCAUAUGA